UCUGCUGGGUGUCACUCUAAUAAUUGCUCAGUCCAGUCUUCUCUGCAUUGUAGCUGAUAUAAGUAACUGUGGCUCCUGCUUCUCGAAAGAAUCAGAACCAAAGUUGUUAAGAAGUAACUCCUAGGAUAGCAAACUGCUUCAGAUUGGCACGAAAGCCCAUCCUAGGAUUCAUGUGUUGGAAGAAAGGUGCUCAACCAGCCAUAAUAGAGACAAGAGUGCUACUACAGUCAAAGAAGUCCACUGGUCCUGCUAUGAAACCAGGAGGUGAUUCCAGUUCUACACACAGUGUGUAUAAUGCUUUCUAGCAUUUACCCCUUUUCUUUCUCCUAGAAUUGUAUUUUCCAUAAUUUCAAGCAUGGCUUCCAGCUGGGUAAGGACUACAUGAAGACUUUGUGUCAAAGCCACUGUGGAUUUGAGUGUUCUUUGUGGAGAGGGGAUGUCUCAUAAAUACACAUGCAAAACACAGACACUUUUCUGAUGGGAUAGGAGCAAAGACCAGCAUCCUCCCUGCAGGGAAUGUUAACACAACUCCCAGGAAGGGGCUCCAGCAAAGCCAUGCGGCAGAUAUGACCCCAGGAUAGAGGCUUCAUUUGUUUCCCUGCACACUGCUCAGAUCUGUUAUUUGCAGAACAGUUCCAUGGAAAACCCGAGGAUGCCGUCAGCAGUUGCAAGCCCAACGCUACAAGAGGACAAGAAGGGCACAGCACUACGGGCUGCGUCGUCGCUUCCCACUGUGCGCAUGCGCAGCAUUCAGGCGCAUGCGCAAUGGCGACACACGCCCACCUGACCACGGCCCGGGGGCAACAACAUGGCCGCGCCCAUAUGUGCUAUGAGGUCGGCUGGAGAGAGGGUUUAGUUUCGUCCUGUCCCUGGUGGAAAUAGACUCUCCGUGCCACGCUGCGUUGCCACGUCCUGCUGCCAUCCGUGCAUGGAGCCGCGGGAGUCCUGGGCGGCCUUGGCGGCUGGUGGAAUUGCUGGUGUCUUUGUCGACUUGAUCCUUUUUCCUCUGGAUACUGUAAAAACCAGACUGCAAAGUCCCCAAGGAUUUAGGAAAGCUGGUGGCUUUCGUGGCAUCUAUGCUGGCGUUCCCUCCACUGCUGUAGGAUCCUUUCCAAAUGCUGCUGCAUUUUUUAUCACCUAUGAGAAUGUGAAAUCUGUGCUGCACCGUGACUCUACAUCAUACUUGACUCCAGUAACACACAUGGUGGCUGCCUCUUUUGGGGAAGUGGUUGCGUGCCUCAUACGGGUUCCAUCUGAAGUUGUCAAGCAAAGGGCCCAGGUUUCACCUUCUGCUGGAACCUUUCGGAUUCUUUCCCACACCUUGUACCACGAGGGUAUUCAAGGACUUUAUCGAGGUUAUAAAAGCACGGUGUUAAGAGAGGAUCUCUGGUCAUGGAAGCAGGGUCACGUGGUGGAUUCUUGGCAGUCAGCAGUCUGUGGAGCUUUUGCAGGUGGAUUUGCAGCUGCAGUUACCACACCUCUGGAUGUAGCGAAGACAAGAAUUAUGCUGGCAAAGGCUGGUUCCACCACUGCUAGCGGAAACGUUCUGGCUGCCCUUGGUGGCAUCUGGAGGACGCAAGGACUGCCAGGCCUCCAGGCACGUCCCCUUCCUGUGCCCUGCAGGACCUGCUCUGCUCCCAGCACACCGCAGGAAGGACCUGUCCAUGUGGCAGCAGGCAAGUGGGGACAGGGGCUGCUCUGCACACAGCUGUGCACUGAUCCUGCUGGAAAUGACACUUUUAGUUCUGGGACUACAAGGGAGGAGGACUUGAAAAAUACACUUCAGUGUUUUUCCUCUCCUGCCUGUUUGCCUUGAGCUCUUAGAUAUGUUUUGGCAGUUAUUUCAAGUUUACUGAAACUUGAAAAAUUCAUCUUAUUCCAUUCCUGGGAUAAUGUUGAAUCUCAAGGCAUUGGCUUAAGGGGUUUUUCUUUUCCAUUUUAAAAUACUUUAACUCCUAGAUGUGUUAAGGGAAUUAUCAGAUACUCUCAGAAAAGCUGUGCUGUAUGCAAUUAGCAAUUGAAUAAUACUUUUUAAUAUACAGAAAUUGAAUUGAGAUUUUAGUUAGAGUGGGAAUUUGUGCUUAUCUCAAUCACAAAGUUGCCUCUGUGAUUUCUAGACAGGGUGGGGUUUGAAUUUGAGAAAGCCAAAGGUGUUCACAACUGCAGCUGAAUCUGGAGUUAUUCUGGCCCCAUUUUUCUUAUAUGCUUACACAUACACCCCAUCUGUUCUGCUUUCAGUGCCAAGAUAACAGUAAUUGCCAGAUACUUCAGCAGUCCAUGUAUUAGAAUUGUUUUUCAAAUGAGUUCUGCAUUGUAUUUUUUAGUGCAGCCCCCAACUUCCACUCCAUCCCCAGGUCAGACUGCCAGAGUCUCACACUGCUCUGCAGUAUCUGAGGUUACAUUUGUGGGUCUGACUUCACAAAUGGAUGUUCUGGCAGUUAUAUUGUACCUUCAUCAGAGAAAGUCAGAAAAGAGUAUAGCAGUGUAUUAGAAUUUUAUUUAGUUUUUAACUGAAACUCCCAAAAGCUCACUCAACAAAAAAGCUGUAAUAUUAUAAAUGAACCUUUAUUAAAGACACUUCAAUGCAUUUGUUAGACACUUUAAUAUCUUACAUGUUUUUCAAUGUACAACAUUGUACCAAAUUUUCUAAUAAAUAAAUAACUUUGUACACAAAAGUAAUACUUCCUCUUUCACAUUGCCUCUUAGAAGCAGCAAAUUCACAUAUUUAGUGGAAGUCAGAACGUUAGGCAGUUAUCUUUAUUCAGAAACAUCAUUUUCAAAUGUUAAUGUGGCAACUAUGCUUCGUCUCUGCAAUGGUGAUGACAUUUCUGCCAGCAAAAUGAGUCGUCAGUUAAGUCAUUCCUGUGUUCCCAGUCCCCCCGUCCUCACGGAGUUGGUUUUGAAGCAUACCUUUCCCUUGAGGAAAGGGAAACAUAUGCUCGGUUUAUGAUUUUCUAACAUCCAUUUCCUUUGCUUGGAACAGACUUGGCACCCAACAUAAUUAGCCACCUGUCUCAAAGUGCAAACGUGUCAAUAGUCAGAAACUGAUACAGACAGGUACCUGGCUAAAUUAUGCUUUGCUUCAUUAAGGUUGGGCUCAGUUGGCUUGUUUACAGCAAAGCUCGCUUUCAGCUGCUAUGCAGAAGACGCAGAUCCUUCCUUACAGGAGAUGUUGGCUUCUCAAGGUAAGGUGGGACACGACCAACAUUCAACAAAUGGGCACGUUGCCACUGCAGGGCAGCAUGCAACUUUAUUAAAAUCCCACAGGUGUGGUAGGUCUCAGAAAGACACAGAAAUAAUGGAUCUGAAUCCAAACUGCAGUGUUUCUGCAUGUUGUGAGCCACAGUCUUAGCAAAAGUUGAUUUCCACUCCAUUCUGCUGCAGUGGAACUGGCAUUUGUGUUGCUCCUAAGGAAAAAAGUAACAAACCCCCCUAAUAAACCUUUCCCCAAAGUAGUCAUCACCAGAGUUAGCAACCUUAUAUUAGCAGAACUCAAAUUAUAAAUAAGUGGAAGGGAGUCCUCCAUCCACAGGUACCAACACCAAGAGAAAGCAGCCUUUCCAUGAACAAAAAGCUUCGUACUGAAGUUAGAAGUGACUAAGAUUUGUUUCACUAACAUGGGUAUUUUUUUCCCCCCAUUCAUGGAUGAACUUAAAAGACCACAUAAAAAUAUUCAGGACAUUUCCAUUUUAAAGUCUACUUUCUACCACAGUUUCUCUUCUAAAGGAGAAUAUUUCUGAACAGCCCAGAAUUGCUACACGAGGCAGCAUAAUUAAUUGGAAGCGGAUAUUUUCAUGUAGAGUCUGGCUGCAAAUCAGGGUGAUGGUGUUGAACAAGCAAGUGGAAUAUUGUACUGCAGGAAGAAAGUUAAAGUAUGAAUUAGGGGGUACAGCUGUCAGAGCAGGACUUAAUUUUUGUUGUCACAACAGCUCCAUGGUUUUGAACCCCCCUCCAGGAUAGAUGUGUAUUGCUUGGUUAGCAAAUGUGUUAAAGUGGCAGAGGUGGCUGCUCCUCCUGCACAGGGACAGGCUGCAGCACUGUAUGCACCUAUCCAUUCUGGGGGCAGUGUCUGCAGUUUGGCUGUGUCAGUGAUGAGUGCUACACCAGCAUAUUUGGGCACAGAAUGGCUUCUGCUGUGAAGCUUUUGAGUGGUGCCAUGCAUGAGACCACCCCACGGUUUACUGCAUGAAUUAUUUAUUUUGGGAAUGACUGCUCGCUAGUCACGAUAUCCAUUUUGGCUGGUUGUUUUGGGGCUCUGCACUGGUGCUGAAUUAUUUAGUACCACUUGUGUGGUCCACUCGAAUGUGUCAUGGCUAAAAUACAAAUUCUUACGCAGUUUUGAAAAAUAAUGGAAUUUAAGUUCUUCCACAAACAGGAAAAAAAAUCAGGUUGCUAUGUAAUUUCUCACUGCUUGUUUUCUUUAUUCCUCUAAGCUUCAUUUCAAACAGUUGCAGCUCUCUGUUUAAAUGUGUUAAGUGCAAUAAAUUUCAGAGGGGAAAAAAUUUGUGCUGAGUAACCCAAUUGAUACUUGAUUUAAAGGGACUUCCACUGGAAAGAGGACAAUCCCUUUGGAACAGUCUGGCUUUUUAAACUUCUGUUUAUGCAUUUAAGGCACCAGAAUUAUUUCUCUCACAAAGUUUAACAGCAACCUGAUACUGAAAACAGUAUUGCCAAAAUUGUAAAAUUUCACUCAGUUUUCCAUGCACUAAAGAUUAAAAUAGCCUCUGUAAAAGAUAUAUAUAUAUAUAUUUAUAUAUAUAUUUAUAUAUGAAAACUCUUAUGUACAAUUGUAUCAAAUACUUUUCUCUUUACACAAUAAC